CCAUCAACACAAGAAAUCAAACCAAAGUCAUUGAACCUAGGGUGUACCUACUUUAACUGUACUUUUGCUUUUUAACAUUAGGUUUUUACAUCUUGACUAAAAAUGUUCUGUUUCAGUUACAGAUCAAAAUAAGAAAAACUACGUUUUCAUCAAUCAGACGAUGUCGUGGAGUUCUGCUCAGCAGUACUGCAGAGAAAACUACAAGGACUUGGCGAUGAUUGAGAACCAGGAAGAAAACACGGAGGCUCAGAACACUAAACCAUCCAAUUAUAAGGUCUGGAUUGGUCUGUAUCAAGAGCCCUGGACCUGGUCUGAUGGAAGCAAGAGCUCCUUCAGAAACUGGUACCCCUCUGGUUUAAACAACUAUGGAGGAAACCAACACUGUGGGACAGAGAAUUCUGAGCACGUUUGGGGCGAUGAGGACUGUAGAGUAAAAAGAGUUUUCGUCUGCCAUCAAGUUUCAAAGAGGAAGACCACUUUGAUGAUGAAAUUCAGCUCUGAUGCUGACCUGACCGACCCAAAAGUCAACGCCCAGAUCCUGCAGCAGCUCCCUGCUUUGCUCUCAAAAGAUGGAUGGACAAACUUCAACCUGCAGUGGAAGAUUCAACCCCAAAAAACUCCAGGGUCACAGUGAUGGUCCUCCAUCUACCCUCAACGUCUUCAUGGGUUUCAAGACUAUUUCCUGUUAGAAACACGUUAUAUUAGUUUAGAAUGACAAUAGAAUCGGUAAUAUUGUGUAUAUUGUCAAAGUAGUUUUUGUUUUUUAUUUUUGUUUCUGUUUUUGCUCUAGUGUAUUUUUUUUAUAUCUUUACUUUGACUAAUGGAAUUGUCUGAAAAACUGGAAUGUUUUAAUUUGACUUUGACCAAAAUAAAAGUGUGAAUUCUUGUGUUAAACCAGAUUACAUAGAAUUCACAUAAAUAUCCAUCCAGACUUACAAAGGAA